AUGAAAAAACAUCAUAAGAAAUUUCCAAAUGAAAUGAAUUUAUUUUUAAUAAAUUCUAUAUACACUUUAACCUUGUUAAUGUUUCUGGAAAUUUUUUUUUUUUUAUUAGAUGGAAUAAAUACCUUUGAAGUUAUAACUCUUAAGGAAAGACUUUCUCAAAUAAUUUGGUGUUUUUUUUUUUGUUUCCAUUUAGCAUUAUUAAAAAUAGCAGAAGUAUUUUGGGAAAAUACAUCUGGAAAACCAAUUAUAUCCAUUCAUUAUUUAUUUAUUUUAUAUAUAAUUAUUCUUCCCUUAUCAUCUUCUCUAUUGUUUACAUCUUCAUUAUCAUGGACAAAAUUAAUUUAUUUCACUUACAUUUUAAGUUUAGUUACAUCAAUUCAUAUAAGAAAAUUGUUACUUAUUUGUAAUAUUACACUAAUUACAGGAGUUUUAAGUUUCUAUCAUAAUUUACCAAAUUACAAUAUAAUCAUUUGCUUUACUCUCCUUCUGCUUGUUCAUAUUAUAAUAUGUAUUACAAUACAUGUGGCAUUAUAUAUUUUAGCUAAACAUAUAUUUUAUAUAAAGAGAAAACCACUAAGGGCCCUUGACAACAUAGAACCAUAUUUCCAUGAACUAGAGAAAAAAGCUAUCUUAAUUAGAAACAAUUUGAUAUAUUAUCAGCAGAACAAAAUCAGUGUGGACAUACUAGGCAAUUAUCUAUUUGAAAAUGAAGUAAAGGAUGGAAUAAAAAAAAUCAAGACAAUAAACAAAAGUAAAAUAAAUCUUGAAGAUUAUUAUGAUGACACUUCUAAUGCUAACUACGAUACUCCCAUGGAUAUCAGUGAUAUUAACUAUUAUAGUAAUAACGAAUUUAAAGUAAAUGUAGAAAAUGAUUCAGAAGAUAUAGAAAUGAGUUCUUUAAAAAAAAUGAAUAUAGAAAAAAAUAAAAUUAAUGAUUAUUAUUCAAAGAAUGUAAUAAAAUGUAAUAAUGAAGAAAACAUACAUGUGGAAUCAAAUAUAGAAAUAGAUAAUAUAAAUUUAUGUAAUGAAAACUAUACAUAUAAUAAAAAUAAAAAAAAAAAGGAAAACGUUAAAAAGGAAGAAACAAAUAUAUUACUAAAAGAUAAUUCAUCUAUUUAUAUUGAUAAUAAUAAUAAUGAUGAUGAAAUAAAUAAACAUGUUACUUCUUAUGAGAAAUAUUUUUCUGCACAAAAUAAUGAUUAUAUUUCACAAAAUAAUAGUUGCUCUUCUCAAAAAUAUAAUAAUACACUUUAUAGUCAUUCUAACUUUAAAAGGUUUAAUAACAAAAUUGUAAAUAAAAAACUCGAUGCUUUAAAUAAUGAAGAUUACGGAGAAACAUAUAAGAAAAAAAUAGUUCAGAAACAUUUUUCUUUAUUACGUAGUGGUCCAGGCAAAUGUAAUCGUAAAAGAAAUAUAUUAUUAACUGAAGAAUUAAAAAAUAAAAUUAAUUACAUAUAUUUUGAUAAGAAUGGGAAAAUUAAACAAUCUAAAAUAAUACCUUUAUAUGUUUUAGAAAGACAUAAUUUGAAUGAUCUCUCUAUAUAUUUAAAAAAUGAUACGUGUAUAAAAAUUAAUAGUUAUUAUAAUUUCUUUGCUAUUUUUAAUAAUAAUUCCAACUUAACUACAGAUGGUGCAAUUUAUAACAAAGGAGUUAUAAAUUUGAGUUCUAUAAAAAGCACACUAAAAACAAAUAAUACUAGUAUAUAUGAUAUAAAAUCAAGAAGUAAAAAUGAAGAUACUAAAUUGGAUUGUUUUCAUCUGAAAAGAUCUGUGUUAAGAAAUUGCCUUAUUUUUAAAAAAAAAUAUUUUUACAAAUAUAAUUAUAAUAAUAGUAGUAGUGGUAGUAGUAUUAAAUAUUUUAUGAACAAUGAAAAAAAAAUAUCACAAGAUAAAACGUUUGAUGUUCGAAAUUCUAAAUUCAUAACAGCAACAGAAAAAAGAAGAAUAUGUACAUCAAAGUUAUAUUCUAUGAAUGAAAAUAGUCCUUAUGAUGCUUUAAUUCUUAAAUGUGGAAAUGAUAAAAGAGUAUUUUAUUCAAUCUAUUCAGAUCAUAUGGAAAAUAAUGAAAGUCAAAGCUCAAGUGAAUCCGUAAGUGAUAUAAAAAAUAAAAAUGAACAUUUUGAUAUGAAUAUAAAUAGGAGAACUAGUUAUAUACAACAUUUCCAUUCAAAUAGACAAGAACACGAUGAUAUGAUACAUAGGAAAAUAUCUAAAUUUCAAAUAAACAAAUCUAUUAAAACACAAAAUACAUUAUUUUCUGAAGAGUCUAAUGAAAAUAUGUUAUUUUCAAAUAAUGCCUUUUAUGUAGAUGACGGAUUGGAUAAAUCAAUAAACACAGAUAAUAUCCAAGACAGUGAAAUAGAAUCUAAUAAAUACAAUACAUCAUCUUGUUCAUCAUUUCCCACCUCCGAUAUGAAAAAUGAAAGAAUGAAUAAUAAGAAUAUCAUUGGUAUGUAUGAUAAUAUAGAUUUACCAAAAAAAGAAUCAUUUAUAAAACUAAACAAUAAUUCAUGUAAGAAGAACAAACAUUCCUUAGAUAGUAUUUCAAGUAUGAAUGAUUUUUUAAAUGGUUCAUAUGAAGGAUCACUCAAAAAUGAAAAAGAGAAAAAAGAAAAACCAGAAAAUUAUGGAAUAAAGCUCGGAACCAAUGAUAUGUCUAAUGAGAUACUAUGUAAUAGAGAAAUAAGUUCUAUCCAAGGAAGCAUCCUUCCCACCUUUGACCACAAUAAGAGAGAACAAAAAAGAAUAAAAAAAGAGAACAUACAAAAUAAGACGUUUGAUUCGAGGGAUACAUAUAAAAGGAAGAAACAUGAACGCACAGAAGAGUCGAUAGGAAAUGAUCAUUUCUCAUUAUGUAAGAAAUGUAGGAGUAAAAAACAGUUUGAUGGUAUUAUUAGUAAGAAGAAAAGUACGUGUAAAUAUAUUUCUAACUUAUCAUUGAAUAAAAAAAAGAGUAAAGAAUCUCAUUUAAGUAUAUAUAAAAAAUAUUUUUUUGAAUUUUAUGAUUGUAUUCCGAUAAAUUAUAAGAAGAAACCUCAUAAUAUAGAAAAACAAAAAUUUUCGUAUAAUAUAAAAAAAGUUUUUUUAUGUAUAAAGUUAUUUAAUAUUAUAUGGAUAAAAAUAAAAACAUGGUAUAAAAAAAUUGACAAGAAAGAAAAAUAUUGGAAACGAUAUAAUGAUAUAUUGUAUACAUCUCAAUGGAAAAAUAAUAUACAAGAUAAUGAAUUGGAAUAUAUAUUAAAAUAUAAGAAUUUUAUGAAAUGGUAUAAUUAUUGGGUAAAAACAGUUUUAUUCAAUUAUUAUAAAAGCACAUGGGCUUUAAAUUUGUUGUUAUACAUAUUGAAUGUAUUAUUAAUUUAUUUACAAAUGCAUAUGUUUUAUUUCUUAUUUGAAAUAAAUAAGGAUCAAGUUAAAUACUCAAACAUAUUGAAAAUAGAAGAAAAUUCAAAGACUAAGUUUCCAUUAAAUCAUUUCAUGGACAAGAAUAAAUACAUUCCUUUUACUUACAUAAGAAUAUCUUUACAAUUAAUUAUUAACAUUAUAUUUUGUUUACCAUCAAUGGUAAUAAAAAAUAUUAAAAGAAUAAAAAUGUUACAUAUAUUUUCCAUCCUCAAUUGUUUGGUAAAUAUAUUUUUUGGAAUGAUUGAUAUUGUUUAUUCUUUAAAUGAUAAGAUUUUUAAUAUAAAUGAUUUAUAUGCACUUUUAAAUCAUUACAACGUUUUUGACGUCUUUUUAAUUGGAAAAUUAAUUACAAGUAUUUUCUUAAUACCUUUUUUUACUAAUUUUAAUGAGUCCAAAACAUGUGCAUUAAUAUAUUUAAGCUGUAUUUGUUAUAUAAGUACAUUUUAUUAUUCCUUUAAUCCUUUAACGUUUAGUAUUAAAUUGAUGUACAUUACUAUAUUUGUAAUUCUUAUAGCCGUAACUGUAUCAACUAGCUAUUAUGCCAAGUUAAUAAUGAAAUCUAGGAAGAUGUUAUUUGUUAAAUAUGUUUUGCCAUAUUUUAUUUAUUUAACGUUUCUAAAUACCGACCCGAAUAUUCAAAUGGAAAUAAAAGAAAAAAAAAGAAAAAGAAGCAAAUAA